CGCAGGACCCCGCAGUCUGUGUGUCGGUCACCGGAGAGGAUGGGAGUCUGACUGGAUCCACAACGGCACGGGAACACCAUGGCGGUGGACGCGGCAUCCAGUUUCAGUUUCUGCAGGCCAGCUGUGGAGUACAGGGCUCUGCCGGAGGACUUCAAGCACCAGCUGAGUCGACGGCCUGGUGGGAACCUAACCUGGCAUGACGGACGUGGGCAGAAAACCGCGGGAGGAAGGACAGUGAAGCUGCUGCAGCAGCCGGGCACAGAGGGCCUGCAGUACCGCUCCAGUGACAAUUAUGGAAUAUAUCACACAAGUCCAACACAGCCCAGCCUGAUCCGCCCCGUCGUGCUCUGGUCACAACAAGAUGUCUGUAAAUGGCUGAAGAAACACUGUCCGCACAACUACCUGACCUACGUGGAGGCGUUCUCCCAGCACGCCAUCACAGGCCGUGCGUUGUUGCGUCUGAACGGAGAGAAGCUGGAGAGGAUGGGACUAGUGCAAGAAACUCUCCGGCAGGAGUUGCUGCAACAGGUGCUGCAGCUUCAGGUGCAGGAGGAGGGACGCAACUUGCAGCUGCUCAGCAGAGGUGAGGGUUCCUAUGGAAGAAUAUCGUAGCCAGAUUGCUGGAAGAAUUGGAUGCUGUCGAACUCUGGGAUAUUUACCCAAAUGAACUCUGUGGGAUGGAGCCGUCCAACGAGCAGCGAUGUACGAGUUGUGUUGUCGAGUGGAAGUUGGCAGCUUUUUAUUCUGCACAAGGAACUGACGCAAUCUUUGCGGACUGUCAAUGAACUGUGAUGGAAAAGCACCGAGACAAUCUGCUUCUGUAAAUGUUUUGCUCUAUUAACUAUUUCUCUCUUACUCUCUCUCUCUGUAAAACUUUUUAAUGUCAAAAAGUAAAUAAAAAAUACACAUGUACAUC